GCAGCGAAAGCCUUCAGCUUUGACAGUUGAUGAGAUUUCCUGCUUUCAGUCAUUCAAUCUCUACAUAGUAGCUUCGCGAAGGUACACGCAUUCACCUUCUUCGAUGGGCAUCGACUGGAUCCCGAUUAUCAAUGCAGCGAUUGUGAAACAACAUGUCUUCCGUGCCACUUCAAGUCAUCAAACCAGGACAGUCACAUGUCUGGAAAAAUGAAGAACUCGGUGCUGAUCACGACGGGAAUGUCUUCCUUUCGUGCUCGUGGAUGCCCAGCUUUAUAAUCCGGAGGUCGUUGCGAGAAACACAAGACUGGAUCGUGACCGAAGACGGACUACGAAGAGUUGGCACAACUGAACUUUCAGCAAGAUGGCAAGAACGUUCUACUGAACUGAAGAGGAUCUCGGGUGAUGGACGUGAUCGUGUAGCAGCUGUUACGUCGAUCAUAGAUGUGAACGUAACUAACAUCAUGAACGGGGCGAAUCCAUCAUUCACCCUGGUAGAGAUUCACUGCACCGCUAAGACCGGGGACAGGGCGAAGUAUCUGGGAAGAAUCCAGAUAUCGGCGUGGGAAUCUCACGAAUGGAAGUUAACGCAGAUUGACAACUCCCCGGACACCGUUUUCUGUUCUUUCAGUUGGACUGACGACUUCCGGCAAGAGUACACUAUGAGUUCGGCUAUAUUCGAUUCCAAGUCUAGAAACUACGCUGUUGAUUUUCAAAGGGAAUACUUUGUCACCAAGUCUGGACUUGCUUUCGGUGGUCAGGAAGUCUACGUUGCUGUGUGGGCCAAAUCGCUCACCAUGAACUCCCCUUAGUGAGCAGUUGUAGUAAGUUGACAGCCGGGCCCUAGAACAAGAACUUAGCUUUGUGAAUUAGACCAUGUGUCCGGUAACUCCACAAUGAGAUGCGUCUUAUUGUUCUAAAAUUCCAUAAUGUCUUAUUUAUAUCAUUUUGUGGA